GCCCGCGCAGGCGCCGGCUCGGCCGCCAUGCCGCUGUGGGACUUCCAGGGCAGCACCAUGGUCACCAGCCAGUACGUGCGCCUCACGCCCGACGAGCGCAGCAGGGAGGGCUCCAUCUGGAACCGCGUGCCCUGCUUCCUCAAGGACUGGGAGCUCCACGUGCACUUCAAGAUCCACGGCGCCGGCAAGAAGAACCUGCACGGCGACGGGCUGGCGCUGUGGUACACGCAGGAGCGGCUCACGCCAGGCCCUGUCUUUGGCAGCAAGGAUAACUUUCAUGGAUUGGCUAUUUUCCUGGAUACCUACCCCAAUGAUGAAGCAACAGAGCGCGUCUUCCCGUACAUCUCCGCCAUGGUCAACAACGGCUCCCUGACUUACGAUCACAGCAAGGACGGGCGCUGGACGGAGCUGGCAGGGUGCACGGCCGACCUGCGGAACCAGAACCACGACACCUUCCUGGCCAUCCGCUACUCCCGAGGCCGGCUCACGGUGAUGACAGAUGUAGAAGACAAGAAUGAAUGGAAGAACUGUAUUGACAUUGCAGGGGUCCGACUGCCUACUGGCUACUACUUUGGGGCCUCUGCUGGCACUGGAGACUUGUCUGACAAUCAUGACGUUAUCUCGAUGAAGCUAUUCCAGCUUAUGGUGGAUCACUCUCCAGAGGAUGAAAACAUUGACUGGACCAAGGUUGAGCCUAGUGUCAGCCUCUUUAAGUCCCCCAAAGACAACGUGGAUGACCCGACGGGCAAUUUCCGGAGCGGGCCGCUGACGGGCUGGAAGGUGUUCCUGCUGCUGCUCUGCGCRCUGCUGGGCAUCAUCGUGUGCGCCGUGGUGGGAGCUGUGGUCUUCCAGAAACGCCAGGAGCGGAACAAGCGUUUCUACUAGYGGAAGAACUGGGCUGGGGUCUAUGCCCAAACUAAUUUUUUUUUUCCUAGGGGGAGCUGUAAAAACUGGUUUCUAAAAGCUGUUUCUGAUAAAUAUCAGAAGUAUUUUCUUACCUGCCCGUUCUGCUGUAACUCCUGCUGGAUGCUCAGCAUUCAAGGGGCUGAACCGAGGCAGGUGGCUCCGGUGGGGCGUGUAUCUCCUGUGGAAGUGGCCCUUGUCCCCAGGCUGCAGCGUGGGGGACCUGGAGCCGCUGCCCGCGGUGCUCCUGCCCCCUCUCCAGGGGUCUCCGGUGGGCCUGGCCCCCCUGUGCUGCCUGGGGGGGCUGGGGGCAGGGGCUGUGACUGAAUGUAAGCAGGUGGCUGGGGCUGCAACUGGGCCAUUAAAGGACUGAUACUGCC